CAAUCACUCCUGUCCCUCACAACUGCAGAGUUGAGGUUGACUUCGAGUGUUACCAGCAAGCUCCCAAGUUCAGUCGCUUGCUAGGGUCAGGCUCGCCUGAUCGAAUAAGUGCUGCAGGCCAUUGCAGCCUCCGGCCAUCACAAAGCUCUGAAUACUGUUUGUACGUGUAGGGCUAUUUUUCCAGCAGUAAUACUAGAUCUGGCUACAUUCAAACUCCUAGUAGUUCAGUCGAUCUACAUUGCGGUACAUUGAUUCGGCGUUAAUCCAUAGUUUGAAAGGCGGCCUGAUCACGUUAAAUUUAACCGUUUCACGUUCGGGCGACGCAUUAGUGGGUUCCGAUCUUAUAGGGAGAUGGCGAGUGGAGGAGGUGGAGGGAGGGCUCGAGCGGAUUAUGACUACCUCAUUAAGCUCCUGCUCAUCGGAGACAGCGGUGUCGGGAAAAGUUGCUUGUUGCUGCGGUUUUCAGACGAUUCUUUCACAACAUCGUUCAUCACAACCAUUGGAAUCGACUUCAAAAUUCGAACCAUUGAGCUCGAUGGAAAGCGCAUAAAGCUGCAAAUUUGGGAUACUGCUGGACAAGAACGCUUCCGCACCAUCACAACAGCUUAUUAUCGAGGGGCUAUGGGCAUUCUUCUCGUUUACGAUGUCACUGACGAGUCGUCCUUCAACAAUAUCCGUAACUGGAUCCGUAACAUUGAGCAACACGCGUCAGAAAAUGUUAACAAAAUUCUCGUAGGAAAUAAGGCGGACAUGGACGAAAGCAAACGGGCUGUUCCUGCUGCUCGUGGUCAAGCACUAGCAGAUGAAUUUAACAUCAAGUUCUUUGAAGCGAGUGCCAAGUCGAAUUUGAAUGUGGACAAUGUAUUUUUCACCAUUGCCCGGGACAUCAAGCAACGACUGGCAGAGAGCGCAGAGGAACGACCAGAGCAACAAGCCAAGGCCAACAUUGUGAUCUCUGACACGAAGAAACCCACAAAAGCCAAGGGUGGCUUCUGUUAAUGGUCAGCAAUGAUAGGACAGCUAGGGCAGGUGCCAUUCCCAGGUUUGUGAAGGACAAAAAAUUGCAGUCUUUUCAAACUAGCAGCAAAGUUAUUGUGUAUCCGUUCUGGUUUCUCAGAUCGCAGGCAGCAGUUGUAAUUCUGGACACAAAAGCCUUUCAUCUAAGUUAUUGUGUAUCCGUUCUGGUUUCUCAGAUCGC